UAAGAUGUACUCUGCAAGACAUUCUAGGGCUGAGAAAAAUAAACUUUGAAAAUGAACAAAGUCAUGGAGACACUUUCCAAAUUAUCUUAACAAUAAUUCUGACAUUUCUUGUUACUUAUUGAGAUGAACAAUUAUCUGCUUUAACAAAAGAAAACUGGACACUACAGCAAUCCUGCUCUCAUAAGAAGAGGAAUUAUGAGCCAUUUAACCUUCCAGAGACAUGCACUACGUAAGUUCUGUAUGCCACCGCCCAUAUGGGCAUGAAGUGACAUGAAUCAUACAACAGAGUUUCACUUUCUGAGCUGUGCGUUGGAGCUUCACCAUCAGACCAAACUCAGGAAUUCACAUAACACUAUAAUGGAAAUAAUACUGGGAGCACUGGAAUACUGCCGUUCAACCUGCUACUGAUUCAACAUUUGAACAGGAAUUUUAAAGGAGCAACGGCAAAGUGAAAGUAGCUUUCAAGGGAACUUCCUCAUUCAACUGUUCUCCAUCGUCAUUGUUUUGCCUGCUGUGUUUCCUGCUUCACUCACCAACAUGUCAUCUCAGUCAGAAAAGGAUCUGUCCUGUCCCAUCUGCCAUGACAUCUUCAAAGAUCCUGUUGUUCUAACAUGUAGCCACAGCUUCUGUGAAGACUGUGUGCAGAGAUGGUGGAGAGAGAAAGGAAAAAAAGAGUGUCCAGUUUGUAAGACAGUACCUUUGCUGAGUGAUCCUCCUCGUAAUCUGGCGUUAAAGAACCUGUGUGAGUCCUUCGUACAGAGGAGAGAUCAGAGAGCUGCAGCAGGGUCUGAGCCUCUCUGCAGUCUGCACUCUGAGAAACUCAGGCUCUUCUGUCUGGAUCAUCAGGAGCCAGUGUGUGUUGUCUGCAGAGAUUCAAAAACACACAGCAACCACAGUUUCAGACCCAUCGAUGAAGCAGCACAGGAUCACAGAGAAGAGCUCCAGAAAUCUCUGGAGCCUUUACAAGAGAAACUGAAGCUCUUUGAACAAGUUAAAGCAAACUGUGAUCAAACAGCAGAACACAUUAAGGUCCAGGCCCAACACACAGAGAGGGAGAUUAAGGAGCAGUUUAAGAAGCUUCAUCAGUUUCUACAAGAGGAAGAGGAGGCCAGGAUCACUGCUCUGAGGGAGGAAGAGGAGCAGAAGAGUCAGAUGAUGAAGGAGAAGAUUGAGGCUCUGAGCAGAGAGAUAGCAGCUCUGUCAGACACAAUCAGAGCCACACAAAAGGAUCUGAGAGCUGAAGACGUCUCAUUCCUGCAGAACUACAAGGCUGCAGUCAAAAGAGUCCAGCAGUGUCCCCUGCCGGAUGAUCCAGAGCUGGUCUCAGGAGCUCUGAUAGAUGUGGCCAAACACCUGGGCAACCUGACCUUCAACAUCUGGAACAAGAUGAAGGAGAUGGUCUCCUACACUCCUGUGAUUCUGGAUCCUAACACUGCUCAUUCAGACCUCAUCCUGUCUGAAGAUCUGACCAGUGUGAGACAUGGAGAGAGACAGAAGCUUCCUGACAAUCCAGAGAGGUUUGGCUAUUAUCAGAUUGUCCUGGGCUCAGAGGCCUUUAACUCAGGGUCUCACAGCUGGGAUGUUGAGGUGAAACAUGAUAAAUACUGGGCCCUAGGUGUGGUACAGGAUUCCUCCUGGAGAAAGGGAGAAAUACUGACGGGAUUCUGGGAAAUGUAUGUCCUUGAUGGAAAAUACACAGCAGCCUCACCACCACUCAAAGAUAAAGUUCUGUCAGUGAAGAAGAAGCUCCAGAGGAUCAGAGUUCAUCUGGACUGUGACAGAGGAAAGCUGUCGUUCUAUGAUCUUGAUACUAACACACACAUACACACCUUCAAACACACUUUCACUGAAAGGGUGUUUCCAUACAUUGUCAACAUGAAUGAACUCCCACUGAAGAUAUUACCUGUGAAAGUCUCUGUAACAGUGGAACAGGACACGGCCACUGCAUUAACAAGCCUAUGGUCAGUUUUUAAACUGAGCUAAGCAUGCUGUAUACUGUUAUUAUCAAGUAAGUAAGGCUACAGAGAAAUGCUAUCACUUGCCAUGUUUUGCUGAAACAAAGAAAUCUUUUAUGUAAUUUGAAACUGUUUUUGUCUGUUUCUCCAGUGGUUUUUAAAUAUUGUAUGUAAAUUAAAAGGAAUGUUCAAGCAUGCUAUGUACUAUUAUUUUCACGUUAGGUAAGGCUACUUGGAAAUGCUUUUCUAAGGCUUAGGUCUGUCAAAAAAUGUGCUGAUAGAGCCAAAAGAGGCAGAUUUUCACUUUUAUUGUUUUUCUUUUUCUUAUUUGUAAGAAGAUGGUGAUGAUGAUACUUGUGGUGGAGACAGCAUGAUUGGAAGAGCUUC